AAAUGGAAAUAGCGGAAUGGGAAUGAGACUGGUGUAAACUGAAAGCAGGGCUCAGAAAAAUCUGAUAAAACAUCAUCUAAAUCCAAUCCUAUCACAAUUGGGAAGCCCGCCAAGAAAGUCAAUCUUGAAUUCUUGAUCUUAGUCUUACCCUUAGGAUCAUCGACUUCCUGCAGUUUAAUCUCCGACGAGCAGAUAAAGCCGUACUCACGGCACACUCACAGCGCUUGCUUGCCAGAGGAAUCGAAAAAUGGCGCUUAAAGUCUAUGCAGAUCGAAUGUCACAGCCAUCUCGCGCUGUUCUCAUCUUCUGCAAGGUUAACGGGAUUGCUUUUGAGGAGGUGGGGGUAGCCUUGUCCAAACUCCAACAGCUGACUCCCGAAUUCAAAGAGGUCAACCCAAUGGGAAAGGUCCCCGCCAUUGUUGAUGGAAGAUUUAAGCUGUUCGAGAGCCAUGCUAUUCUUAUCUACCUUUCUUGUGCCUUUCCUGGUGUGGCAGAUCACUGGUAUCCAGCUGAUCUUUUCAGGAGGGCUAAAAUAAAUUCAGUACUGGAUUGGCAUCAUUCUAAUUUACGUAGUGCAGCUUCUUUGGUAUUCAAUACUGUUCUAGCACCUUUAUUUGGCCGUACUCCAAAUCCUCAAGCAGCUGCUGAAGCUGAGACGCUUUUAUCCAAGUCACUUUUGAAACUAGAGUCGUUUUGGCUGAAGGGGAAUGGGAAGUUUUUGCUAGGUGGCCUUAAACCAUCCAUAGCUGAUCUUAGCCUGGUUUGUGAAAUUAUGCAACUAGAGCUUUUGGACGAGAAGGAUCGGAGUCGUAUUCUGGGUCCGCACCAGAAAGUGAGGGAGUGGGUUGAGAAUACUAGAAAUGCUACAAACCCGCAUUUUGAUGAAGUUCAUAAGCUUCUCUUCAAGCUCAAGGAAACCCUUCAAAAGCAGCGCUCAGAGAAAUUGGUUUCAAAGAUGUGAAGUUUUGGCUCUGUCUGGUUAAAGCAAUAGAAUAAACGCCAUAAAGAAAAAGCUGUGAAAAGACGAGUUUCAACGUAAGUAAUCUGUGUUACUUUUGAUAGAUUGUGAAGAACUCAGUUGUCUGUGUAAACAUCCCACAAUUUACAAGAUUCUAUUUAGUCUGUGUAAACAUCCCACAAAUAUAUUAAUUUCCAAGAUUCUAUUUUCUCGAUAA